CGGCUAACGUGGCAAGCCCCGAGUUUUAUUUCUUCCAGCCACAGGGUGGCCGUUGAUAUAGAUGAACUGCAUACGAAGUAUGAGGUAUAAUUAUGCCUCCUCUUCCCUCUCUUGCCAGCUCGUAAAGAAGCUUAUUCGCACUGCAUCGCAUCCCAAUUUCACCUUCAACCAUCCUAACUCUCCCAUCGCAACAAUGAAGAUGAACCUGCAAACCCUAACCACCCUCCUCCUCCCAGCCCUCGCCCUCUCCACCCCCGUCGACCCCUCCUCAUCUCUCACAACCAGAGACGACACCUGGGGCGGCAGCGUCUCUCUAGGCCCCACAAAAUCAACCAUCGUCAAUGCCGUGACAACCAUAAUCCCCGGCCCGGCACCACUAACCCAGAACGGCGUUCUCUUCCUCUGGCCUGGUAUGAGCAACGGCACGGGCGAUCUCAUCCAGGCGACGCUCGAGAGCUGGGAGAGCAAUGACUGGUGCGGGGCGGCGAGUGGCGAGUGGUGUGUACGUGCGAGUGUCUUUGGGUGGUUUGGGCAGUUGGAUGGGGAUGCUGGUGUUGUUAAGGGGGAUGACCAAGUUAGGAUCGAGUAUACGUUGCUGGAUGAUCAGGAUACAUGGGUGCAGACCGUCACGAAUGUGGGAACUGGCAAGGUCCUCUCGACUUACUCGUCCCAGUCCGGACCUUAUAUGACCGGAUACGGUACGGGAACGGAAUGCAACGACGGCUGCACCGGCACAUCUUCUGAGCAGCAGUAUCUCAAUACCGAAAUCACUCUCGCUUCGUCGGACCCGACUUUUGGAGAUACCAUUGCCACUGCUGGUGGUGCUACGUAUGAGGGACUGGCCUCGAGCCAAGACGGAACUGUGUGGACGAUUGAGAGUAUCGUCAUUCCUGCUAUGGUCUAAGUUGGCUUUAGACUUGGAAUGCUUUCCUUUGGUCUUGUCUACGCGUGGUUUGGUGUAAGAUAUUAAAAGUGAAUGUUGACCUUGAAAUUUGUUGCUGCAUGCAUCUUCGAUUUUCGGAUUUGAUCGUCCUCGACCGGCUCCAUCGAUCGUAAUGGUCUCCUACACGCUCAGGGCACUAGACUUGAUGAGUGUACAAGUCAGUCUUGCGCGAGCAUCUCGGAUACUUGG